AUGGUUAAGGGUGAGGAAGUACCGGUUUGGUGGUUGGAUCUGAGGAAGAGGGCCUAUGGCAUGGUGGUAGCUCUGAAUCGGGGAUCACCGUCGGAGGAGAUGAGUAUUGAGUGUGGCGGAGCCAGGAUAAAAAUUUACGUAUGGCGGCGAGCGGAUGGAGUAGUACUGCCGGUGGGCGUCGGCGUCGGCGACUGCGAGAGCGGUUCAAGAGAAAGGGAGUCGAGAGAAUUCAGAUCGAUCGCGACAUCUCGUCUGUUCGGCUGCCUGCCUGCCUUGCAUAUGAUAUUUUGCCGAUUGGGCUUCACAAGGCACACAGUGGCAAAGGCCCAAGCCCAAGAGGACAACAUAUCCCAGACUGCAGCCCAGCCCAACCCCACGCGAAACGUUACCUGUCUGACUGUCUCUCUUUGUCUUCCUCCUCCAGUAUCGAAGGACGACGGCCGCCAUGGCGAACAGAUAAACGCGAACUGGCAAGAACCGCGAACAGCAAGAACUGGGGGGGCGUCCCGGUCAAAUUGGGGGCCCAGUGCUAAACUUCAAGAUGGGGCCCUAGUACCGAUCGAAUAUGCAUAUGGCGCGUCCGACGACUCUGAGAGUGAAAGCUACUUAGAGCUUCCGACAAUAGGCACCCAUGGCGGAUAUCGGUGGGGUAGACCGGUAGACAAUCGGCCCUUCAAAUUUGGCGGUGACACUGGGGGGGUGGGGGAGUGUUCGCCGGCGGCCAGGUAUGGCGGCCGCCAUGCCUCGCCAUACUGGUGGCUCCGCCACUGGUUAUUGGGUAUGGCACCUGCAUCUGGCUUAAGGGAGUCAGGUACUCGUGCUGUGGGGGUGGAUAGGUUGCCCGAGGAGAUGAAUGACAUGAAAAUCCGAGAUGACAAGGAAAUAGAAGCAACAGUAGUGGAUGGCAACGGGACUGAGACAGGCCACAUAAUUGUAACAACCAUUGGCGGCCGAAAUGGCCAGCCAAAGCAGACAAUUAGCUACAUGGCUGAACGCAUUGUCGGGCAAGGAUCAUUUGGAGUAGUAUUCCAGGCAAAAUGUCUGGAGACUGGUGAAACAGUUGCAAUAAAGAAGGUUCUUCAGGAUAAGAGGUAUAAGAACCGCGAGUUGCAGACAAUGCGUCUUCUUGACCAUCCAAAUGUUGUUUCUUUGAAGCACUGCUUCUUCUCAACAACAGAAAAGGAUGAACUAUAUCUCAAUCUGGUGCUUGAGUAUGUCCCCGAAACUGUUCAUCGUGUGAUCAAACACUAUAAUAAGUUGAACCAGAGAAUGCCUCUGAUUUAUGUGAAGCUGUACACUUACCAGAUUUUCAGAGCAUUGUCUUACAUUCACGGAGUUAUUCGAGUAUGCCACAGGGACAUAAAGCCUCAAAAUCUAUUGGUGAAUCCUCAUACCCACCAGGUCAAAUUAUGCGAUUUUGGAAGCGCUAAAGUUUUGGUAUGCAGAAUCAAUCACAAAACUUCUGUUGGAAUCAAGUGGGUGUUGACUUUUAAGAUCAAUUUUCUUUGGCAGGUUAAAGGAGAGCCCAACAUCUCUUAUAUCUGCUCUAGGUAUUAUAGAGCACCAGAACUUAUUUUUGGAGCGACUGAGUACACUACUGCUAUCGACAUAUGGUCUGCUGGUUGCGUGCUUGCUGAGCUGCUUCUUGGACAGCCUCUAUUUCCUGGUGAGAGUGGUGUAGACCAGCUUGUCGAGAUCAUCAAGGUUUUGGGUACUCCGACGAGGGAGGAAAUCAAAUGCAUGAACCCCAAUUAUACUGAGUUCAAAUUCCCACAAAUUAAAGCCCAUCCAUGGCACAAGAUAUUCCAUAAGCGCAUGCCUCCAGAAGCUGUUGAUCUUGUUUCGAGGCUGCUGCAGUACUCUCCUAAUCUUCGUUGCUCAGCUUUGGAUGCCCUUACCCACCCCUUCUUUGACGAGCUUCGUGACCCGAGCACUCAUCUUCCCAAUGGCCGUUUCCUUCCUCCAUUAUUCAACUUCAAGCCUCAUGAGUUGAAGGGUGUUCCUGUGGAGACGUUGACGAAAUUGAUUCCGGAGCAUGCAAGGAAGCAGUGCCCCUUUCUCGGCCCAUAA